AUGCAGGGAGACGAGAAUUUCGAAAGUGAGAAUGAUGUAUUGGGUUCAUUGUUCUCACCUGGUUUUAAUAGAGAGCAAGAGAUGUCAGCAAUGGUGGCAGCUUUGACUCAUGUGGUGGCAGGUGAUGCGAAUAAAGAGGUCGUCGAGGCAAGCGGCGGAGGUGGUAGUGGUGGCGGCCGUGGCUGUGGCGGCACUGAGGCUGCUAGUUCCACAUCUGCAUGGGCGUGGAGUGUUGGAGAUAAAAGGGGACGUGAAGACCAAAUGAAUGAGCAGAUUUCUGAACCAGUUACGACAGUUUGCAGGGCAUAUAGUGAUUUUUCUAUUGAAAGUUCCGGCAUGGGAUCAGCUGCAAAAGGUCCUAGGAUUCAGACAAGUGCAGUAUAUACCUACAUUCCAACACAUGAAAACAUCAUAGAAGAAUCCUAUGAAGGAAUACCUAGGAGAAAAUAUAGAGGAGUGAGAAUGAGGCCAUGGGGGAAAUGGGCAGCUGAAAUAAGAGAUCCAUAUAAAGCUGCAAGGGUUUGGUUAGGCACAUUUGACACUGCUGAGGAUGCUGCUAGAGCUUAUGAUGAGGCAGCUUUAAGCUCAGCCAAGAGAUGA